AAACUAAAUGCUCAAAGAGAACUUAAAUGCAGAAUCAAUGAGAUGCAAAAAAAAAAAAGAAAAAAAAAGUAGCAAAAAAAUCCCAUCACGAUUUGCAUCUUCCUAUUUUUGUUCUCAACUACAUAGUGUUCAAAAACAGUCAACCCAAAUGAAACAUUAUGUUGACAGCACAUCACACUAAAGACUUGCGUGAGAGUCUUGAAUUAAUUUUCUUUUUCUUCUAGACCAUUAUUAGUUUAAUAAUUAUUGCCAUAAUAAACCAAUGAGCAAAGCCGUUCAAAAUACAGAUAUGAAGACAGACACUAGCAAACCAUAAUUUCCAAGAACAAGAAAUCAUAAAAUCAGAGAAUUUGGUUUCUAAACUCACUUACCUCAAAAGCAUUCCCUUCUGCUAUGAUCAACCUCUCCGCCAUGAUUGCAGCAAUCCUCAUCCUAUUCCUAAGUUUCAUCAAUGAAGGGUUUGGUGCUGCAAGCUGCAGUUUGGACACCAUUAACAUAGGAACACAGAGAAGUGGAAGGGUGAUUGGGGGCCAACCUGAAUGGAACGUGCAAGUGAUUAACAACUGCGAUUGUCCUCAGAAGCAGAUCGUCUUGUCCUGCCCAGGGUUUCAGACUGUUGAACCUGUUGAUCCAUCGAUUGUGUCAAAGCAAGGGGACGCUUGCCGGCUCAUAAAUGGAGGAAUUGUUCAGCCUGGUUCUUCAGUUCAAUUUUCCUAUGCUUGGGAUCCCCCUUUCAUCUUGUUCCCUCGUUUCUCUGUUUCUCAGUGUCAUACCUGAAGCAACAACAAACAAUAUUAAAAAGUUGUCAAUUUAGUCUGAGUUAAUCGUAAAGUUGAGGAGAAAUUUGAAGAUAAUCGUUCUUUUUUGA